GCACCGUGAGAACCUUCUUUCGUCUGGCUUUCGGGUCGAGGGUUGUGUGCGGCUUAGAGAUCAGCUAAGUUUUUUUUCUUGUUUUCUCUUUCGAUUCCACCUCUUUCAUUUCCAUUUCGAUCCGGGAGAGUUUCGUUUGGGUUCAAUUCUUAUCGCUUCCGAUCUGUUUCUUCCUUGGUCAGAUCUGUUCGAAUUCGAUUUAGUUCUAGGGCUCUUUUGUUUGGGAGUUAUUGGUUAUUGGAUCUGGGGGUCGUCUCGAUGAAUUAGGUGUUCUGGGGAAACGCAAAUGAAUCUAGGUUUUCUAUGAGCUACGCGAUCCUAAUGCGUCGGAUUCGUAUUCUGCACUCCUUCUCGGUCGUGUUCCUCUACUGGUUCUACGUUUUCUCAUGAACUGAUCACAUCCGGUCCGAUCUGAUUCUCGCGAUUGUGAUUUCCAGCAAAUUCGUUUGAUCUAACUCAAUUCUUUUGUAGUUUAGGAAACGGAACACAAAUCCUUUUUCUAGAAUUUCAAAAGUGAUCUCUUUUAGCGAAUCUAGUAGUACGUAUUUGGGUUUUGGGGAAAAAAAGCAAAGGAGGUGUCAACAUAUGGCAUCGAUGCAAAGGCAGGUGAGUCCGGAACCGGAACAUGAUCCGAGGUACGGGACCAUAACUGACGAGAGGAAGAGGAAGAGGAUGAUUUCCAACAGGGAAUCCGCUCGGAGGUCUCGGAUGAGGAAGCAGAAGCAGCUGGAGGAUCUGGUCAAUGAAGUGACCGCUCUCAAGAAGGAAAACUCCCAAAUUUCUGAGCAGAUCGAUGCAGCUACAAGGAGGUACAUUGAUAUGGAGGCUCAAAACAACGUCCUGCGGGCGCAGGCCUCGGAGUUGACCGACAGACUGAGAUCGUUGAACUCGGUGCUGGAGAUGGUUGAAGAGACCAGCGGGCUGGCUCUGUAUAUCCCUGAGAUUCCGGAAUCUAUGCAGAAUCCAUGGCAGAUUGCCUGCCCGGUGCAGCCAAUCAUGGCGUCCGCUGAUAUGUUUGAGUUCUGAUGGGGAGGUUCUA